AUGGGCAAGCCUAUCAUCCUUCAGUUAGGUGACGAUAUCCGUUGGAACCAUGAAUUGUACGCAAAAUUCAAGGAUCAAUUUGAGAUCCGUCGGUCGUAUAGUAUGUCGCGUCCGGAGUUCAUCCGUGCUUUGAAGGAGAAGAAGUUUGGCGAUUUCUCUGCCAUGUAUCGACCCUUCUGGAACACAGGUGGUGAGAUGGGCAACUGGGAUGAGGAAUUGAUCUCCCUGCUUCCUGACUCGUGUAAGGUGUAUGCCAGUGCUGGUGCUGGUUUUGAUUGGGUUGAUACUGCCUGCUUGGCGAAGAAAGGCAUCAUCUACUGCAAUGCUGCUGCUGCUUGUACUGAGUCUGUGGCCGAUGCAGCCCUUUGGUUGAUCAUCUCCACCUUCCGCUUGUUCUCUUGGUCGGCAAUGGCUGCUCGUUCUUUGGACCCUGAUCAGUUCGUUGAUGCGAACCGCAAUCUUGCUCCUGUCUCGCUCAACCCCAAGGGCCACACUCUUGGUAUUAUUGGAUUCGGCCAAAUUGGCCGCCGCACGGCGGAAAAGGCUUACCUAGCUCUCAACAUGAAGAUUCUGUACCACGAUAUUGUCCAGAUGCCGCGUGAGCUGGAGCAAGUCUCCCGGGCCACCUUCCACAAGAAUAUGGACACCCUUCUGGCAGAAUCUGACUGUGUGGUGGUGGCAACUCCAUUCAGCGGCGAGACCUUGCUCAACGCAUCGCUGCUGUCGAAGAUGAAGCGCGGUUCACGUCUCGUCAAUAUUGCCCGUGGUAAGCUCCUCGACGAGGCUGCUUUAUUAGAUGCUCUGAAGAGGGGCCAGCUCUCUGCUGCCGGCUUGGAUGUGCACUUUAAUGAACCGCAUAUCAACCCUGAACUGGGUAAAAUGAAGAACGUCGAGAUACUGUCUCAUAAUGCUGGUGCUUCUCUGGACUCACACAUUGGCUUUGAGAGUCUGGGCAUGGAGAAUAUCAUCUCUUUCCACGAGAAAGGCAAAGCUAUCACUCCUGUCAACGCGCACUUGGUUUCCAAGGCUGCAUUGUCCAAGCUGUGA